GUUCACUUGGGGGUUAAAUCUUCAAAAAUUUUCAAGGAAACGUAAUGGAUUAAGCAAGCUUUUGUAACUUGUUUAUUCGUAGUGAAGUAAAACUCAUGGAUGUCACGUUCGUUAUCAGACAUCUCAGCGAGGGACUUUGUUAUAUUAUGUUUACAAAUGAUAUGCAAAUGUGGUGUUCAUUGCCGUGAAAUCAACAAGUCGACACGAAAGAAGCCAUUUAAAGAUCAACUAUGGCGCCGCCACGUGCAGAUAACAAGAAAUUUUCGAAGGAAAAAUCAAAACAAAAGGCAACAAAGAAGCCUUCGAAAUCGUCACUUCCUUCUACAGCAGUGGCCGUAGCUAUAACCGCUCUAGCAGCGAUAUGUGUAGCUGUGUAUUACAAGAAUGGAUAUGGGAUCGAAUCGAAUUUACGCCAAGCGAUGGAGGAAAGAAGUAAAGAAUCCGUGAGGGCUUCGACUUCCAAACGAACUGAUGCGAAUACCGACUUUAAAGUUUUGCCUCGAUUAAAUGGUGUGAAGGUUGGCCAUGUGCAAAAAAGACAACUAAGCCCGGGGAAGAUGUAUGUGAUAAAAACACUUAGCUUAAGACCGCCUAUCUUCGAAAUUCCCGAUUUUCUGUCUAACGACGAAUGCCAAACUAUGGUAAGCCUCGCCUCCAGAGAGGGCCUGGACACCAGUGAGGUCCAGGACCCUGAAACGGGUAUCAACAUAGAGCCAACCAAUGAGGCGACAUUUCACAGUUGGGACUACAACAACGACGGUGUCAUUGACAAAGUGGAGGUAAUGCAUAAUCUUGUUGAUCUCAGUGAUUUAUACUUCUCGGAAGAAGACAUUGCAAAAAUGGAGAAGUUACAUGUUAAUCACUUCUGGGAAUUAAAGGGUUACCGCAAGGCUAAUAAAAAUGGUGUUAUGGAUUUAAAAGAGUUUCUUGCUGUGACAACAAACAAGAUCAUGAAAAGUCUCCAUAACAUGGCGAAAGGACUCCCUCGAGUCAAAAGCCGGAAUAGUCAGCAAACAUGGCUAGAUCAUCGAAAGAUCAAAGGACUCAAUGACAGAGUGGCGUCUCUAACAAAGCUUCCCAGAGCAGCCAUAGAAGAAAGUGAGGAACUUCAGGUUGUCCAUUACCAUCCCGAGGGCCACUAUCACUGUCACCAUGACUCCCAAGAUAUUGAACCGAACGUUCCCUGUUGUGCUUUCCGUGACAGACGUCACUGUCGUCUUUGCCGGUACAUUACAGUAUUGUACUUUUUAAACGAUGUGGAAGAAGGAGGCGAGACUGCAUUUCCAGUUGCAGAUAAUGCAACAUUUAGCACCGAGGCGUGGGCGAAGAUCACCAAAUACCGCUGCGACCUGAGCAAGCAUUGUCACAAAGCCAACUUAUUCGUAAAACCUCGAAAAGGAACAGCCAUCAUGUGGUAUAAUCACUUACGGGAUGAAAAAACUGGAUGGCACGGGAGACUGGACGAGAUGACUUACCAUGGAGGGUGUGAUAUCAUUAAAGGAGAAAAAUGGAUCGCAAACAAUUGGAUAAAUAUCCUUGGAAACUCGCGAGAGACUAUGGUCUCGUACAAAAAUCCUAAGAAAAAAAUUUAAUGAGAAGCCUGACUUGUUAUUGUUUUAAAACAGCACUAAAUAGUCGGACUUUGUUCUCAGUGUCUUUAUUCUACUUGUCCCCUAAAUCGAGAGAGAAACUGGGGCGGGAGAAUAAGGAGAUAAAGACUGGGUCGGAUACUGUUUAACUAAGAACUGACGCCUUUUCUCUUGAAUUCAUAAUUUUUAGCCCACCAAAAUUAUCUGUAGCCUUACUCUCCCGCGCCCCCUGCCCUAUGCAGUAAUGCUUGGGCAGGGAUUUAGGAGGUCGCAUUUCUGUCAAUCCACUCAUCAAGUCAAAUUUGCCACUUUGUAAAAAUGAAUCACGUACCAAAUCGUUUAAGGUUAGGAAAAUAUUUCUGAUGAGCAUUCUGUUUGGAAUUCAGCAUUUUUUGACGUUACCCUGCGGCAAUCACCUCAUGAAACUAUGGCGAAGAAUUAUUUCCCCCGGUAAAGCUGCCAUUUGUGCAGGGAGAGGAAGGGUGUGAAUGGCAUCUUUAGACACUACUGCAACUGGUUGGAAAAACGAUGAAAUAAUGAACUGAGUAGAAAAAUGGUUUUUUAGAAAUAAAAUU